GCAGGUGAUGAUUGGCAACACCUGCGCGCGCUGAUCUGAGGCCAAACGUGCGCGGCUUCCGUUUUCCUCGCGCUCUAUCUCUCUCUUCCACCACCAGCAGAGAGCCUCUCUUCUCUGGCCGGUUUUCUAGUUUACCAUGGGGAAACAAACGCUGGUGUCAGCUGCUGUCUGCUGCUUCCGGGCCCUCCUGCUCCUGCAGCUGGUGUCCCGCGGCCUCCCGCUGCUCAGACCCUCCGAUGCGCUGCACAACCUGAGCGCCUUGACCUACCCGUACAGCAGCAUCCUCUCCCCGCUGCUCAAAGCCCUGUCGGAGAGCGGAGGCUCCAGGUGGAGCUCGGGUCCCAGGAAAAGGGCGAAGCCCGAGCACGGGUACGUGAGAUACCUGACGGAGGUUUUCAAGAAGUCGACCAGGACGCAGAGAAGCGUUGAUGGAAAUAAACUGUACAACACCAUCAGGCUGAUCAAGCCCCAAGAGGAGUGUCCUGCGCAGAGCAAUAAGGGGCACUGUGUAAACAAGUUGGUGAAACUAGCCUGGUGCAGUACCUGGAUCUUCUCUUCUCUUCCAGAAAGCUUCACACAGGAUUUGUCCUACAGCCUUGAUCAAGUAAGAAGAAAAGAGCAGCUCCUGAAGGCGUCCCUCCUGUACAGCUUCAACCGCAAUGACCCGGCCGCUGCCGGCUCCGUGUGUCACCUGAGCAUAAAGGAGCACGAGCAGUCCAACCAGUGCCAGCUGUGUGCCGGGAUCUCUCGCACCCUGAACUUCACGGCCAGCACGCACAGGAGGCGGCGCAAGAACUGGCUGGAAGUGGACGUCUCCUCGUUCCUUCAGCCCGUACAGAAGUGGAACGUACACCUACUAGUUAACAUCUCCUGCUCCGAGAGGCAAAAAGCUGGGCGCCACGGUUUCAGAGGUCCUCUGGGGCUCAUCCUGGGAGCUCCUCCUCUGAUUCUGUAUCUCAACGACACAAGCAAAGUCGCCCACCAGAGGUCGGCGGUGAACUCCAGCGCAGAUCCUGGGCCACGAGCCCCAGCAAGCACGUUUCAGAACCAGGUUUUCAAGUCGGCACAAAGGCGCGGCCACAAGGGGAGAUGGAAGAGGGCGUCUCCAAAGAGCAAGCGUGGAGAUAAAAGCCUGGACAUACAGCUGCCGGAGCUGAAAUCCAGCUCCGAGUUCCCCACCUCGGACUGUGCCUUGUACGACUUCAGGGUGCGGUUCAGUCAGCUCAAACUGGAUCACUGGAUUGUUUUCCCACCAAAGUACAACCCCAGGUACUGCAGAGGCAUCUGCCCAAGAACAAUGGGCUUCAUCUACGGCUCCCCCGUCCACACCAUGGUGCAAAACAUCAUCUACGAGAAGCUGGACUCGUCCGUGCCCAGACCGUCGUGCGUGCCCUCCCACUACAGCCCCCUCAGCGUCAUGAUCUUCGAGGAGGACGGCUCCUACGCCUACAAGGAGUUUAAGGACAUGGUCGCCACCAGGUGUACGUGUCGCUGAACGCUCGUUGACGGCUCGGCUACUAGUUCUUCUGGACCAUCUCUAUUUAACAGCAACGUUGACCAGUCUAGAUUAAUUCAUAAAGCUGUAAAAACUGUAGCAUUAAAAAAAAAAAAAAAAAAAGUUCAGAAGCAGGUUUGUUUACUUAACCUAAAGGUAUUUUAUCAUGUUAAAGGGGACUGUGGCAUGUUUCUUUUCUUUUUCUUUUUUUUUUUCUUUUUUUU